AUGCCCUCCUCGUCGCCGUCGUCCAACUCCGCACCAGGCCCAUCCGAACCGCUCAAGCGGCGUCGCAUAACAAGAGCUUGCGACCGAUGCCAUCGCGGUGGCGUCAAGCCCGUACCGAAGGGUGGUGCCAAGCCAUCCUCACAGAGUGGCCACUCGGCAUCUGGACAACCGACACCUCACGGUCCGGGGAGCCAGAACGGGGCCCUCGGAGGUGAGGCCCGAGAGUGGGAGUACCAGGCGGUUGGCACACCAGACCUCGUGGACAUGCUUGCGUCGACCUUCUACCGUGUCGUGUACCCGAUCCUGCCGUACUUCCACUGGCCCACGUUCUCCGCCCGCGUCCGCGCCCGUCACUAUGAGCGCGACCGUGCCUUCUUCGCCUUUGUCAUGGCCGUUUGCGCGAUCACUUCGGCUCGCAUGCGUGACGGCGUGGGUACUCCCCUUCCCCCUGAUGCGCCGCCAUCCGAGGCCUUCUUCGACGCCUCUCUGUCGGCCUUCCCCGCCGAUCUCACGGUCGCCACGGACUUCGACUACAAGCGCGCCAAGGCGAUCCUUGCUAUUCUCAGUCUGCAGUACGGUCAGGUCAGGCAGCUCUCCGUCCACCUCGGUGACUACCUGACUAUGUGUGCCGCCGACGGCUUCCAUAAUGAGAAUCGCUGGCCGCCAAAUCUACCGGUGACCGAGAUCGAGGAGCGCCGGCGUGUGUUCUGGGGCGUGUACUCCAUCGAUGUCUACGCAGCGUGCACGUGGGGAGGCAUCGUUCGUCAUCGCGAGACGCAGGCGAACGUUCUCUACCCUGCAGAAGUGUGGGACGACUCGGAGAUCACCGAGACCGGUAUCGCUAAGCCGGCAGGCGUGUCCUUCCUCCGCGGCUGGAACUUCACAAACGAUCUGUACCGCAUUCUGGAACACGCGCUCGGCUUGCUCCGGCAGCGCAAGCUAGAGCCAACCGACUCGCAAGUUAACCGGCGCCUGUUCUCCCUGACGCGACUCAACUCCUCCUUCCCAAGCAGCAAGGAGGUGCUUGACACUAUCCAGGAGGACUACAAUCAGCUGCCAAUGGAGUUCAAGGGCGCACAGGCCAUGACCGGUAACGUUUACGAGGACCGCUUUGGAUUCCAGGCGGCCGACAUCAUUGUGACCAUGCAGACGGUGAAGAUGGUGAUGACUGGUCUGGAGGAUGCGAGCGUGGAGAAGCGAUGUGCGAUUGCAGGCGAGCUUCUCGACGCGCUCUCGACCGUUCCGACAGCGUACAUCCAGGCGAUUAGCUCGCCCAUCCUGCAUCACCUGGCAGGCGUGGGUCACCUUCUCGGCUCCGUUAUCCAGACGCCCUUAAGUCACUGGACGUACCUGCAGGUGCGCAACGUGCUGCUGGCUAUGGCGGACUUGCUCUCGUCUCUCGAGUCCACGAUGAGCUUCACGCCCGGCAUUGCGGAGAAGCUGCGCGACCACGUCAAGCGUAUUGACCAGUACAUGACUGCUGCGGCUGUCGACCGCAGCCGUCGCGCCCAGGUCUGGCACACAGCCCUGCCGCCCAGCGCCUGGCAGUAUCCGAAUACGCCAGGUGUCGGGUCUGGGGGUGAUAGCAGUGUGCGCACGACAGAAGAACCGCAGAAGCAGGAGGAGCAGAUCAUUCCUGGCAACUUAUUCGACCUCCCUCUCGACCUCCUCACGACCGAUUGGCCACUCGACAUGCGCGAUGCGUUCGAUUUCCUUGGUCCAGCACCCGCCGGUGCCUCUGGACAAGCAAGGGAGGUCGAGUACAUCGAGGCUAACGAAAUUGAAGAGCUUGAGCUGCCUGAGGGCAGGAGCCUUGAGGUCGAGUACAUCGAGGCGGAUGAGACUGGAGAGCCUGAGCAGCCUGAGGGCAUGAGCCUUGAGCGCAUUGAGGCAGUCACCCCUCCAGCUGUCGCUGACGCUCCUGUUGGGGCAGCGUCCUCAAUCGCCACUACACCCUUGCAAACGACUUCAGCAGAAGCGACCGGGGACAUGUUGAGCUUUCUCUUGCCCCCAAUCAAUGUGACGCCUCCUCAGCCGCCAACCAUCACCGCACCAGUGACACCUGCUCAGGCCUCGACGCGCGUGGCCAACACGCCACGCUCCAGCGGCAAGUCCGUGCGCUUUGCUGAUACCCCUGCGGCAGGCGAGUGGCACCGUCCCUCUUUCGUUGUGCCAGAUCUGCCCAUGCCACCUCCGCCGGCUGUCACUCCUCCGCCCGUGCCAGACCUGGUGCUGUAUCGUGCAGUGAACCCCGCGUUGCCAAUGGGGUCAGCCCUCGAAGAUGCGGCACUCCCUGUUGUGCUUCCCGCUGCGCCCCACGGUGCCGAUCCGCUUCUUCCGGACUCCGUUGCGGCUGCGGCGCAGUCUCAAGCUACGGCGGCACUUGCUUUUGUGUCGCAACUUGGAGCGACGGAGGUCCCAGCAGCACAAGCCCCUGCGCAACCUCUGCAGCUUCUAGAGCCUCCAAUGGUGACUGAAAACACGGCUGUGGAAGGUCUCGCGCUGCAGUCCGUGCAACUUCCGCCCCCGCAAGCAAUGGGGACAGGAAGCUUGGCUGUGGAGGACCUCGCUCCGCAACUCGUGCAACUCCCGGCACCGCAAGCGAUGGAGGCAAUGGGUCCUGCUGCGCCGGCUCCGGCGUCUCUGUACCCCCCGUCAAGGGCCCCGGAAGCGCAGGUAGUGCACCUGCCGGCUCCUCUAGUCGACGAUGCACCGGUGCUUCAAGAUCUUCCGUUCCAAACACCACCUGCGCCAGAACCAGCGGCUGAAGCGCCAUCGACACAUACACUGCCCUCGCUCCCAGUGACGCCAUCCCCGGCGCCGCCGGCUCAAGCCUCGAUAUUGAUGUCACAAACCCAGGCGCUUUCCGCGGAAAUCACCCCAGAGCACUCUUCCGUUCACGCCCCGUCGAGCUCAGCGGUGCACAUGCCAGCGCGCGUUCGCCGGAAGGAGCAGACACCUCCACCCCUCCGCCCUCCUUCUCCGCUGGAUUCUGUGUCCCAUGUCUCGAACAGUCCGCUGGCGCACCUGUCUGUCGCUGCGCUUCACCUCCACGCUGCACUCGACAAGCCCGGUCUUCUGAUACCUCGGGCUGCCCAGCAGACAUCCUCCCAGAGCUCGGCGGAGUACCGUGAUGCGCAAACUUCCCCGCCUGAACCUAAGUCCCAACAACACACUCGGGGCAGCCAGCUGCAGGAUGAGCCCAAGUCCAGGCAGCUCAAGUUCUGGCAGACGAAUUCGAGUCAGUCGUCGCAGAUCGCUGAGGUACCCCAAACCUCGCCCCAAGCCCCGCAGCCCAGGCAACCUCCCCAGCCGCAGCCUAUGCCACAGCCUCAUCACCCUCCCACAGUUCACCUUCCUCGGCCACACCAUCCCCCGGCUCCUCCGUCGAGCUCGCCCUAG